CCUCAGUGAUCCAUCAUGUCUCUGCCGAAGCCCAUGAUGAGAGGUAUGCUGGCGAAGCGUCUGCGGUUUCACCUGCCCAUCGCCUUCGGCCUGUCCUUCCUGACUGCCAUAGUGUUCAAGUACACGGUGACGGAGCCCAGGAAACAGGCCUACGCUGACUUCUACAAGCAGUACGACGCCGUCAAAGAUUUCAACGCCAUGAGGGAAGCCGGCGUGUUUGAGAGCGUGCGGCCUUCUGGAGAGUAAACCCACUCUCUUCCUCCCUGACGCUCAUUCCUGCUCUGAGGAUGAAGUUCCUUCCUGCUCCUUGAUGUUAUUUACUGGUUAGAUGUGAACAUCGCUAUGCUGUUGUGUUCCUCUAAAUAAAAGAUUCUACUAAUGUAA